AUGCAUGGAAUCACUCAAUGCCCAAUUGCCCCGGAACACACCUACACAUACAAAUUCCGUGCAACGGAGUAUGGGCACACAUGGUAUCAUAGCCAUUACUCCCUGCAAUAUCCCGAUGGAGUUCUCGGACCAAUGAUCAUUCACGGUCCUCAAAGCGCAAACUACGAUGUCGAUGUCGGCACUGUCCUCGUCAGCGACUGGUCGCAUGAGACAGCGUUUAUUGACUUCUUCGGAGAGCUCACAGGCAACCCCCCGCCAAUGCAAAGCAAUCUGCUUCAAGGCAGGGGCCGAUUCCCUUGUUUCCAAGGAGACCCCAGAUGUGUUGGGCCUCCUGGCAAUUACUACGAGCUUAAUUUUGAAAAAGGGAAGAAGUACCUAUUGAGAUUGAUCAAUACAUCCACUGCGUCGCAAUUCAAGUUCUCAAUUGAUAACCAUAUCCUCACGGUUGUUUCUGCGGACUUUGUGCCUAUACACCCUUAUCAGACAAAGUAUUUGAACAUCGGUAUCGGCCAAAGAUACAGCGUAAUUGUUGAAGCGAACCCCUCUGGCCCAGAUGUAUCUGUAAACAGGGACUACUGGAUUCGAACAAUCCCUGCAGCGGGUUGUAAUAACAUCCAAUUCCCCGUCAAGCAAACUGGCAUAAUUAGAUACUUCUCUAACUCCACAUACACCCUCCCUGUAUCCAGCUUCUGGGUAACACAAAAAGGUCAAACGACGGAGCCUGAUGACUGCGACGACGAGGACAUGAAAAAUCUCGUACCCGUCGUGCCAAAGAGUUUGGUCCCCGGGGAUUAUGCAAAUAACUAUUCCUCCGAUACCUAUGAAGUUGGCCUGACAGAGCCGACAAUCGAGAAUCCCAUGCCCCAUGGUAACUAUAGCCGAUGGGAUAUUGCCACGCUUCCUAUGUGGCUCGAAUGGGGAAACCCAACCAUAUUGAAUCUUGAUAAGAAUGUUAGCAAUAUGAGUCAAGAAUUGUCGAUUGUCCCCGAGGAUUAUCAGAAUAGGUGGGUUGUUCUAGUGGUUGUCGGCAAUUUGACGCUCCCGUCCGGACAUAGCGCUGGAAAGCAGUCUAUCCCUACCAGGCACCCUAUCCACCUUCACGGCCAUGACUUCAUCCUCUUGGCCCAAAAUGAUACACAAUGGGACGCCAGCGACUGGACCGCUGCCGACGCCUUCAACAACAUGAACUACAAUAACCCCCCUCGCCGUGACGUCGCCCUUCUGCCAAGGAAUGGGUAUAUCGUUAUAGCCUUCAAAACCGAUAAUCCGGGACCAUGGCUUAUACAUUGCCACAUCGCCUGGCAUGCUAGCAGUGGCCUCGCAAUGCAGAUCAUGGAAGAUCAGGAGAACAUCGAACGGACGAUUAGGGACAAGAGGGCUAUCCAGGAGACUUGCGAUGCGUGGAAUACAUGGAACGCUACUAGGAAUGUGGAACAGGAUGAUUCUGGGGUCUGA